AUGAAAGAACUUGGACAGCUCAAGCAUUUUCUUGGUAUAGAGCUCAGUUACUCUCAAGAAGGAAUAUUUCUCCAUCAGCAAAAGUAUUUCAGAGAUUUGCUAAAGAAUUUCGGAAUGCUUAAGUGUAAGACAAUCUUGAUGCCAAUAGAGCCAAACUCUAAAAUAUGUACUCAUGAAGGGAAAGAUUUAGAAGAUGCUGCAAUGUACCAGCAGUUGGUUGGAAGUCUUAUUUACUUAACUUUAACAAGAUCAGAUAUUUCUUUUGCAGUUGGCUAUGGUAUUAUGUACAAAAGAGGUGAAGAUUGUACAGUAGUUGGUUACUGUGAUGCUGACUAUGUAGGUAACCAUGAUACUCGACGCUCAACUAUCGGGUAUGUUUUCAUGCUUGGGUCAGGAGAAAUUUCUUGGUGUAACAAAAGACAACCAACAGUGUCUUUGUCAACCACUGAAGUAGAGUACCGAGCAGCAGCACUCUAUCACAGGUUGGCUUAA